GGGACUCCAAGAUGGCGGCUUUGUUAUUGAGACACGCAGGGCGGCAGUGCCUACGUACCCAGCUCACACCCCUCCUGUGCACUAGACAUGUUGUGCCGAUGGGGACUACAGCCCAGCAGGAGAUGGAUCGGUUCUGGAACAAGAACACUCGCCUCAACCGGCCGCUCUCCCCUCAUAUUACUAUCUAUAAAUGGUCGUUACCAAUGGCGAUGUCCAUAUCACACCGAGGCACAGGAAUAGCUAUGACUGCCGGGGUGUCCCUGUUCGGACUGGCCGCGCUGGUACUACCCGGUGACUUUGCAUCUUACCUGGAGCUCGUCAAGUCUCUGAGUUUGGGACCCGCUCUGAUUUACUCUGCCAAAUUCGCCUUGGCUUUCCCUCUAACGUACCACGUGUGGAACGGCAUCCGGCAUUUGACCUGGGACCUGGGUAAAGGCUUGAAGAUCCCCCAAGUUUAUCGGUCUGGAGUCACAGUCCUGGCUUUAACCCUCAUAACGACCGCUACCCUGGCCGCCAUGUGAUUGGUGAAUAAUUUGGUGCCCCGCCUCCUUCGCCCAUGUUUAAUUUCAUACUGAUUUAUAAAGACACCUCUGCUACCCUGAUUCUCCAGAUCUCUAAUUGGCUAGCUCUGUUAUACACACACUCCCUCCAUUUUGCCUUUAUUUACAACUUACCCUUUACACAGAGAUUACACACUCGUUUUGCAUCCGUCCUAAUCUUAAAUGAACUUUUAAAGGGGAACUUAACAGCCAAAGAUCUUCAUUCCCUCCCUGCCUGUCUGAUUAUAAAGGGAAGUACAUAUAAAGUCAGGCAUUAUGACCCCCAUACAGGGGUUUGGGCAGACAGAAUAGGCCUUAUAGAUGUGCGGGUGGUGCCAUUAUUAAUUAUAAUGUAUAGGGCCCCCCCGUUGGUGUGAAUGUGCCCAGACAGGGACAAAGGGAGGGAGUAGCAAGUUCUGGUGUCUGCUCAGCACGGCUGGACAAUGUGGCCCCUUGUCCAAACUGCGUGUGGGAAGGCGGGCGAAUUCCAGCGGUUGCCGUGGGGGUUGGUGUAAAAGGGCAGCUGAGAUGCAAACAGAUAGAGUUCUCUGCAACAAUAUAGAUAAUUAAGUAGAAUAAAUCUCAAAAUGAGGAGGACUAUGCCCAAAUGAUCCCAUUGUGGCCUAUAGCCCUGGGCAACCAAUCCGAUAUCUUGCUUGCUUCGGUGGCCAAACAAAGCUUAUUGGGUGAUUGCUUGCCCCAAGUCUCUAGUUGCUGAGCUGCAAAAUCCCACUGGGAAUUCUGGGAGUUGUGGUCCGGUAACUGUAGAUGGUACAUCCCAUGCAGGGAGCGAACAGACUGGAAACUGGUAACUUUGGUUUGGUUGGGGGGCAAUUUGACCACCUUGCUGAGCACUUAAAUCGACAUUCGCUUCUAAACUUGCACUCGAUGACAAAAUUCAUUGUAAAAAAAAAAAAAAUAAAUAAAAUGUAUAAAUCAA